AUGCGGUUUCCGAAGGCUCCUUCACUAAAACAGUAUAUUCUUAGGCAACAAGUUCUUCAUCUGUAUAGAGACAUAAUAAGAACAUCACGCUUGAUCCCUAAUAAUAAAGACAGAGCAGACACACUGAGAUGGGUUAGAACCGAAUUCGAAAAUGCACAUAGGGAGACAAAUAUUGAUAAGAUAAGACAGAGACUUCUUGAAGGACAAAGAGAAUUAAGAGAUAUGAAGGGGAGUCUCGAGAGGAGCUUGUCUGAUGAACAUUGGAAAAGAGAAUGA